CUUUUUUCGGGUUAUUUUUUCUCUCUUUCUUUGUUACCAUUCAAGUUCAUUUGUGUAUAUAUAUAUUUCUUUUUACUUAAUCUUGUGAGUUGGCGGAGAAGAUAAAACGACGAGAAAGCAUGCUACAAAAGUUCUUUGGCAAGUCGAUAUCGAGGGAUAAUGAUGAUCAGUACACCUUUGAGUUAUUGGAGCCCGAACCAUGGUGUCCCACUCCUAUCAAGGAGAACCAUGUCCGUGUUCUUUUCUGCCAAGACGCUGGCGAAUGCAAUAAAGUGAUAUUAUAUGAUUCCGAUUAUGCGACGUCCACUGCAUCUUCCAAGAAUCCUUUAAACUCGGAGCUCGCUCGUUCUUGGAACGGCACAUCCCUUCAUCACACUUUGACCAAUCGUGCGAAUCUCGAAGGAGGCUCCUUGGUGGACAGAAAACAGGAAUUUGGGCCUUCCAGUAUGCGGGCAGUACCGUCCAUGGGCAUGCCGGACUCUCACCCAAAACAGCCUCAUCGCACGACAAGUCGUCGACUGGAUUUGAUCGGUGAUAUGAUUUUCGGCACCGCGCCUCUCGCAUACAAAGGCAUGAAUACCAAAGUUCAUUACAAACGCGGCAAAGAUCCGCAAGUCGUCUUGUCCAAACUUUUCACACUCAAUUCAAAGAACUCCAAUAUCGGUCGACGACCCUCGUUUUCAUCCGUGAAUAGCGAUCGUUCCAACGCUUCGUCAGGAAUCAUGGACGAUUCCAGUGACGAUGAUCAAGGACGAUAUACACCAUCGAUUUAUCCACCUAUCCUCGGUUUACAUGCUCGUUCCUACUCGAAACGAUCCCAUCGUUUCAAUGUCACCAAUAUGGAAAACGGAACUUUUCGACCCAUGCCUUUACCGAAAACGCGUAUUCCAGAGGCCGUCGAUGGUGCUCCAGUGCGAUCCUCUUCACGUUCGAUUAAAUAUGCAGUGGCUGUCAUUAUCACACUGGAAGAUAAAAACAAGACUUUGUACGAUUUUAUUUUCUCUCAUUUUGCGCUCAUCGAAAACCACCUCCAUCAACUACAAGCCGUUGCAUUUCAACAACUAUGCAACUAUUUUCAACGUCAAUUGAACGGUCCAUCACAAAUGCAGAUGCAUAAAUCACGCCACUCGUCCUACUUACAUUCCAAUGCUUUUCAACAAGAUGCAACGCUAAUACAAGCCGUCAAUCAUUUCAAGAAAGCAUUCCACGACCUGUAUGCAACACCGCGUAUUCAGGAACCGCUAUGGCUCAAUAUGGCGACGUUUCCUCAUCGUAAAAGUGAUUACAGCAAGAAGCUGAUGAAAGAGCUCCUGUAUCUGAUAGACGAACUGAAUAACAAACAACAUCAUUUUUUCAUCUCCACCAUGUUCACGGCGGUCUUAUCCCAUCAUUUGUCAUGGGUGCAAACGGUCGCACCGCCGGAAGACGAGCGAAAUAUCGGAUGUCACUAUGGAAAUUAUGAUCCGUUAUGGGCUCAACUAAGCGAUCUUUACGGUUAUGUCAGCACGCCGUCGACCAUAGCGAGAACGAUUGUGGUUGGUCGAAAAGCGAGCCUUGUACGGCGUGUCUUGUACAUCCUAAGUUACCUCAUUCGCUGCAACGAAGUCUAUGAAAGCUUAGAAACAUUAUCAGAUGCAGAGUCGGAAUACAUCUUUGGUCGUGAACAAGGUCUCGAUGAUACACUCGCUUCAAAAUUGGAGGAUAAGAUUGUGCGUCAACUUAUUGGAUCGACCACGGACGUCGAAUCCAUUGCGAUACCCAAUACCCAGCGCGACGUGGAUCCCCAGCUGUAUAAUCCCACCGAAUCUCCCGAGUCCUUAACCGAUCAUUCCAAUGCAACCUCUUUCAGCAGCACUCCCGUCAAUAAUCAUGCUUUCAUGUCAAGUCGUCGUUCAUCCACUGAUAUGGCGUCCGUGGCACAAGAAAAACUGUGGUUAAGCAAAACCAGAGACAAAACGGGAGACUGUGGUCACAGCGAUAAAGCAGAUUCGAUAUCACUGCAUGGACAGGAAUCACUCUCACGUACAGAGCGUACGGCAAGCUCAUCUACUGGCACCACCUUUCAGAUUGGAUUGCCAAGAUCGUCUAUUUUCCACAUGGAACCAGACAUUACUGCGAUGAAGGAAACUGGAGUACCAACGGGAGCGGCCGACCGUUUGUAUGCGAAAUCGUACGGAAGAUCGCUGAUGGCAAGCUAUUGUGAGAAUUAUAAAUCCGACUUUGUCCUCAUGGGUGUGCGCAAUCGGCUGUCAACAGAGGCUCUGGAAACUGACACCAAGAACACGUUAAGGCAAUUUGCCUUGACCGACGCCAUUACCAAAGCGACCUGUAUCUUGAUCAAUACUGACACAUUGCAAGUAUCCUUUUUUUUAUGAAUCCCGUGAUAUGCUAAUUGACGUUUGAAAAAUCUAUAGUCAGUGCCAAAUCUUGCACCAACAACUCUUACAAGAAGAAGAACAUCCCCAGGAAAAAUCGAAUAACAAGCAGAGGAAGUGGGAAACAGCCCAGCUGUCGUCUUUGGUACAUGAUAUGUUGACGGAUAUCAAAAGAAAAGCAAGUUCAGGAUCGUCUUCUGACGAG